GGGAUUUCAUUCUUAAUACGGGUGUGUAAACAGAAGGCGUUUUAGUCAGUUAGCAAGCUAGCAUUCAGGACAACCUUCUGUUUACAACUCGGAUUAAUUUUCUUUACUUCAGUGACGGUGCAGGUACAGCAGGACUGCGGCCGCGGUGACCUACACGGCUGUAAAUGGGGAACAGCGCUCUCAAAGCUCACCUAGAGACCUCACAAAAAACUGGAGUGUUUCAGUUGACUGGAAAAGGGCUUACGGAGUUCCCGGAGGAGUUACAGAGGCUCACGGGAAACCUUCGCACCGCCGACCUGUCCAGCAACAAGAUCGAGGCGCUGCCCGCCUUCAUAGGAAACUUUCAGCAGCUGAAGAGUCUGACCAUCAGCAGUAACAAACUGAGCAGUUUACCUGCUGAACUGGGGAGACUGAAGAAGCUGGAGGUGCUGGUGUUAAAUGGAAACCAGUUGCACCAUCUUCCCCCCUCUGUGAGCCAGCUGAAGGCUCUGCGCACGCUCAGUCUGUCGGGGAAUCAGUUCCGAGAGUUUCCCGCCGGCCUCGGUGCCCUGCGCCAGCUCGACCUGCUGGACCUGUCCAGGAACCGAAUCCAGGCCGUUCCUGCCGAGGUGACGGAGCUUCAGGCCAUCGAGAUCAACCUCAACCAGAACCAGAUCUCUACAGUGGCCCCGGAGGUUUCUGGCUGCCCCAGACUGAAGGUUCUGAGACUGGAGGAGAACUGUCUGGAACUCUCCUCCAUCCCCUCCUCCAUCCUCACAGCCUCCAAGGUGGCGCUGCUGUCCGUGGAGGGGAACCUGUUCGAGGUGAGGAUGCUGCGAGACCUGGAGGGAUACGACAAGUACAUGGAGCGCUUCACAGCCACUAAGAAGAAAUUCACCUGAAGGGGAAGCUGCUGUUUGACGGCUGCUGGGUGAACACAGAGAAAGAACCACUAAGAUCCGACGCGGGGCGGAGAAGGCCACGCCCUGAAGCGCCGCCACACCCUCCUCCUCCUCCUCCUCCUCCUCUUCAUCUGCGCAUGUCUUUAUAACCGACAGACCCACCUCCUCGUACACAUAUGCACAGGUUUUAAACUCCUCUGUAACCUCCUCAUGCCGUGUACCACGCGUCUGCCGCAUGCCAGACCAGGCCAAAUCCCACCGACAUAAAAGCUUCAAUCGAAAUGCGCCGGUAGCCCCGACUCCAGCUGAUUCAUCCUGGCAGCAUGAACAAGAACCGAGGGCGCUCGGGUGGCGCGGCGGUGAAACACGCUAGCUUACCAGUGCUGAGAUCUCGAGCUGUGUUAUCAGUCAGUCAGGCGCCUACACAGACACACGAUUGGCUGCGUGUCUGUAGGGGAGGGACGGUGGCUGGCCCCGCCCCUUGCAGGUGAAAAGAAGCGGUCGCUGCAUGCAUGACGUGGUCGAUCGCUUCCUCAUACAACCAUCUGAUUCUGCUUCGGUUCCUGUAGGAACCCUGUGGUGAUGCAGUAGCUUGAGCACAUUGUAACCUGUAAUCUAGGAUUGGACAGGUGAAGUAUCCCCACAUGCCUGGUCCAAACGCCCAUAAAUUAAACAUUAGCAUUCUUAAAUGUCAUAUUUAACUAAUAUUAACUCAAUCUAAUGUACGAGUACAGACAGUGAGGUGGUGAAGCUCAGCAUCUGCUUUAAAUGCAUUUCCCGUCCCAAUUUAGUCAUAUCCGAUUCCCUGAUCCCAUUUCACCUCUCCUGACUGAGGACGGCUGUAACUAACACACACCUCCUCCGACACGUGUGCAGUACCGGCCGCUUCUUUACCUGUAAUCGGCGGGUUCGUACGGAGAUCCGUAUCGCGCACGGAGAUUUGAACUCGUGAGUUUGAGAUGUCGGCACUGGUGAGCUAGCGUGUUUUACCGCCGCGCCUGCACUCGAGCGCCGUCUUAACUGCUUACCGACGUACACGUUGUAAACAAACACAAACUCUGCACUACAAAGAACCUUCCGUCUGCAUCUGAUGUUUUAGAGCUCGUUUAUUUUAUUUGGGACGGGGGAGGGGGGGCUUAUUCACCUAUACCGGGUGUAUUAAUGUGAAUCGAUGUUAACGUUUAUAUUUGUUUUGGAAUAAUCACUAAUCAGAGCUGUUGGGUGCCAUGCGCUGGAUAAAUACAGAUCUGGAGCCCUUGGUCAUCCAGCAACAACCGUUUGUGGUUUUUUUGCACCCUCUGCUGGCUGGUGGAGGCGCCUGCACUAGUGAUGGACGAUACACCGAGGCUCUCUGUGCGUCUCCGUUACUGGCAGGUGAAAUAAAUCCUGCCGACCGCGUCUGUGUCAGAGGGGACGCGUGAUAGCCAGCGCAGGCGAGGAGGAACUGGCUAUGAUUAAAUUGGUAAGAGGGCUAUUAUACAGUAUAAUGUAUGAAGGUCAUGGAUCCGUUAUCGAUUCUGAUAUGAAGAAUAAAAGCUGCAGUCGGUGUAUAAAGUUAAUUAAUAUUAAAAUAUUAUCGAUU